CCAUCGGCAUGAGUUGGCCAAAGAGUUUUGGGCAUAUAAAAGCCAUGGGAGAUCAUCGCAUCCACAGCACACAUCUUUCGUAGAGCGUAGUCUAAACACUUGAAAUCAUGAAAUUCCUGAUCAUUGCCGUUGCCUUCUUGGCCUGCGCCUUCGCUGAUGUUUCGGAGCUUCCUGGCUACGAUUAUCAACAGCCUGCUCCUGCUGCUCCCGUAGAGACCUACAUUCCACCUGCACCCCCAGCACCUGCACCAGCUCCCAUCGAGACCUACAUUCCCCCGGCACCCCCAGCACCUGAGUACAUCCCACCUGCACCUGUCCAAGCUGAGGAGCCCAUCAUCGAGGAGAUCGAGCAGCCUGCUCAGGAUGGUUACCGUUACAAGACUGUCCGCCGUCGUGUCUUCCGUCACCGCAACUAAAUUGAAAGUUAAUUGUUAUUGUUAAUUUGUUGACUCGAGUGUAAUUGCUGAAAUGCCAUCCUCUGAAAUUCACUUUGAGAGUAAAGAAAUGAAGAGAAGUUGUAACUGAAAA